AUGCCCGAUAACCCAACGCAGUUAAAUAUGUUAAAGAAGAUAAUAAAUAGCAUAGACACUUCAACUCGAAAAACUUUACCGGAUGAUGAUGGAUAUGCAUUUCGAUAUAUUUGGCUGAAUAAAUUUUCUGCACUAGUUAUGGCUCCGGAUUCAGGUGUUAAUAUUGCGUAA